UAUCUGACUUGUAUUCUUUGUUAUAAUUGAUACAUUAAAUUUCUAUACCAUAAUUAGCUCAAUCUUAUAUUUUUAUUAAUCCACUUUCUUUUUAGUUAUGUGAUUCUUUUCUUGAGGGUAUCGUUGGUUGCCAAAAUAUGAUUAGAAUUGAGAAUUUAGUAGUAGUAUUUAUGCAUUUUAAUGAAGUCAUCAGAGUCGGGCUAAAAAUCUACAAUACAUGUCACAAUGUGCAGGUCGGUACCCGCAAAGAAAGUCUCGGUUUAACCAUUGAUUCUUAAGUUUCCUUGUUACAUGUUUUCUGUUAUAUAAAGAUAAAGUUAGAAAGUAGCUGCUUGACCAUUAGCAUACUCGCUAUCGUUAAAUUAUUUCGUUUAACCUCAACUAGUGUCAAUGCGAUCACAAGAAGUAUUUUCUUUCGUUAUUUUUUAUGUAUGAUAUGUAUCACACAUCAAAAGAUUUUAAAGUUGUGUUUAAACAAGCAAUGCAUUUAUAAUUUUUAGACUUGUUACAAUCAAUCCUUAUUUUCGGACUACAUUCCUUUAUUAUAUGUACAUACAUCAAUUUUAAUCACCUGGAAGUAUCUUUAUUAUAUUUUAGUGGUAUUAUGAUUUUGUGGACUUGAUUUUGUACAUCCGAUAGAAAUUGACCAGUUUUAGGUUUGUUGCUGCUCCACCUGCUGAAGUUCAUGCUCGGCCAUAUGUCAGUUAGAUAUUUUGGUCGCCGUAUAUAUAAUUUCGUACAUAACACAUCCAUUCGGCACUAUCUCAGGAAUUCGAUUAGCCAAAAUCAUUGCCUAGACAUAAGAUAUACAAAUCCAAGGGCCAAUCUGCUUACUCAUUCACUUUCAUGUGUCCCAAUGGCAUCCCCAACCAGUGAAAAACUUACAUUUGUGCUAUACAAUAGUCAUUUAUUAAUGUCACAUGUUCGAUUAAUGAGCAAUUCUGCUAUUGAAAUGACAACGGAUAAAGAAGUUGUCAGGUUUCGUAUUAAUAAACAGCUAAAAAGACCUGAUCGUUUGAGAGAAGGGGACAAGAAACAAACACGAGGUCAAGUGUCAAAAAAGACCAAACUUAAUGAAUUAAGGUUUUAUCGUUUGAAGGCAAAGAAAAAGAUGAGAUCUCCGAAUCCAGAAGUUAGGAUUUUAUACAGGCUGGGAAAGGCCAAAAGGAAGGAAGAAUGGUUGAUUGAAAAACUAAGGAAAUUUGAGGUACGGAAAGCUUCAGCUGAAGUAUAUGAUCCUGAAAUUUUAACAGAGGAAGAAAAGUUCUACCUAAAGCGAACUGGUGAGAAAAAGAAACAUUAUGUUCCAGUUGGGAGACGUGGGGUAUUUGGAGGAGUUGUUCUAAAUAUGCACCUUCAUUGGAAGAACCAUGAGACUGUUAAGGUUGUUUGCAAACCUUGUAAACCUGGACAGAUCCAAGAAUAUGCCGAUGAGCUUACUCGACUAAGUAAAGGCAUUGUGAUUGAUAUAAAACCUAAUAAUGUCAUCAUAUUUUUCCGUGGGAAAAAUUAUGUGCAACCAGAAAUCAUGUCACCACCAGAUACCCUGUCAAAAGCAAAGGCGUUGGAAAAAUACAAAUAUGAACAAUCCCUUGAACAUACAAGUGAGUUCAUUGAAAAACUGGAGAACGAGCUGGAAGAGUAUUAUAAGCAUAAAGCACGGUUCACUAAAGAGAAACAAAGUUCACCAAAGGAUUAAGUGAAUGAUGUUACAUGGUUCAUCUCUUUAUGCACAUGAAUUUAGAUUUGCAUGUCCAGUUAUUGAGAGAAUGGGUCUAGAUUGGACAACUGCCUGACUGGUUUAUUAAGAUAAACCAAGUAGACGAUAUCCAAAUAGUAUGUGGUGAAGUAACAGAACACCAAGAGGUUUGAAUUGUCAGGUAUCGCUUUUCCUCAAGAUAAACCUGAUGAAGAAGGUAUCAGCCAUAGCCGGAAGGUCAAGAUGCAGUUUAAUGCUGUAAACCUUAUAUAGCCGGAAGAAGUAAUUGUUGACAUGACGUUAUUUAGUUUGUAAACCUUUUAAUAGUGAUGUGAUAAAUAUUUAUAAUCGCUGUGUUUUAGUAAUGUAAAUGUAGGUUACGAGAUUAUCCCAA